AGUAGUUCUUGUGAUCAUCCUAGUUUCGUAGAUUCUUUCAGUUUCGAAUCGUCAUCGUCGUCGUCGUCGUCGUCGUCGUACUCUCAAUCAAUCUCUUUUUAUUACUCAGUAUUGCAUCGUCAAACGAUUUCAUAAAAUUUAAUUAGAAAUUUCUAAUAGAAGAAAUGUUUCGUAUUUUCAUAAGAAUAAAAAUAUUAUUCUUACUUUGCUCGUUAGACGUUUUAAUCGUCGCAGAAAAUGAUAAUACCACAUCGUUCUUUCCAACGAAAGGAGGAAAUAAUUCUAGUUUUGAGUUAACUACGAAGAUAAUCGAUUCUACGUCGUUUCAUUCGGAUGCAACUCAGGCUCCUUCGGUUCCAAUACCACAGCAACUCUUACCGCCGAGUUAUUAUCUUCCUGCUUUUCAGCCACCGAUUGUAAAUCGUCGAAGUGAAAAUUUACCUUACGAAUUCGAAUAUCCAAACGUUGGUUAUCCAAUAAUGCAAAACGUUGAACAAGCGAUAGCACCAACUUCUAAACAACUUGUUAUAGUCAGUUUCAUUGGAUUACUUUUACUUCUUGCUAUCAUUCAAAAUACAUUAACUUCGACCAAGAAGAAAUAUAAUUCGUUGGAUGAUCUUCCAUCAAAACGAAAACGAGAUGUUCAUGCUAUUUAUGAUUAUUCUUCUAUCAUUCCGGAAGAAGAAAAGAAAAAUGUGGAAGAAAUCGUAUUGAACGACGAUGCACGUUUACGUUGCAUUCAAAAAACAAUUUGUCUUGAAAAUCAAAAAUUAUUUCAGGAUUUUGGUGUAAUAGGAAUAUUACUGGCGAAAUAUCUAACAAGAAAUGUCGAGAAAUCCAUUAAAUCAUCAUCGGGAUGGGAUCGAUUGAUCGAGGACGCAGGAUCAGCUGGAUUACGCGAUGAAGAUUGUAAUCUUCUUUAUAGGGAUUGUGAUACUCCUAUAGUUUUUCUAUCGUCGAUCAAUGAUAAGAAAAGUCCUUCGAAAGAAAUGACAUCUAAGAGUAGAAAAUAAAUCUGAAAAAAAUAUCAUCGAUAUAAUAUAAUUAAAUAUGAUAUAAUUUUAAUGAGUAUUGCAAAAUUAAAUUAAAAAUAAAUAAUAAAAUUGAUUAUUAUUAUCAUUUAAAAAGA